AUGAUUAAUAUUGAAGAGUGUCCGACUUUAAGACCUACUCAGUAAGAGUUUGAAAACUUCUAUGAAUACAUAGAGAAAAUUGAUAAAUAGUAUUCGGCAAACUUUGGCAUGGUGAAAGUCAUUCCCCCUAAGAACUUCAGAGUUCGUAUGCAAGAUUAUAAUAAAACGCUUGACAAUCUCAUCAUCAAUGGCCCCAUUGAGUAGAAUGUCUAUGGAAAAGGAGGUAAUUAUGAAUGUCUUCACAUUCUGAAAAAAUCUAUGCCUUUAAAAGAUUACAGAAAUAAAUAAAUCGAGAUUGAUAAAUAACAAGAAAAACUCACUUCUGAUUAAUUUGAGAGAUUGUUCUGGAAAAGUCUAGCCUUUAGUCCUCCAUUGUACGGAGCUGAUAUUAAAUUAUCAUUAAUGGAUGUUAACAAUCCAUGGAAUCUGAAUAAUGUUACAAGUCUUUUAAAUUAUGGACUCAAAAACAAAAUACCUGGAGUGAAUGAGCCGUAUAUUUAUGUUGGUUCCUGGAAAACCUUUUUCGCUUGGCAUAAAGAGGACCUUGACUUAUGCAGCAUCAAUUAUCUCCAUGUCGGGAAGGAUAAGUUUUGGUAUUCGAUUCCUGAAUCUGACAGCCACUUGUUAGAAAAAUAUGCAAAGUAAACAUAUGGAGAUCAUUUCAAUAAAUGUUCGGAAUUCUUGAGACAUAAAACAACAGUAAUAAAUCCAUACUUGUUGAAAGAAAAGGUUCCAGGAAUUCGAAUCUCAAAGACGUCUCAUCAUGAAGGUGAAUAUAUAUUCAUUUUUGCUGGAGCCUAUCAUUAAGGCUUUAACUGUGGAUUCAAUAUUGCAGAAGCUGUCAAUUUAGCGACACUAAAUUGGUUACCUUUACUUUUAAAGGCUAAAGCAUGCAAAUGUGUAAAGGACAAUGUGAAAAUUGAUAUGACAUCAUUUGCUGAGAAUCUAUAAAGGUCAACCCUAUAUAAGGAGAACGAGAAAGUUUUAGACUUCGUUGAAAAAACAAAAAACAUAUCAAAAAUACUACACAAACCAAUCAAAAAAGUGAAGAUGUGA